UUUCUCGUUGAGGCACGUUCAAUUUCAUAAUCAAAUCCAUUACAAUAAUCAAUGAUUAAAAAAUCACAUAAUGGUUCAUCAUAGUUUUUUUAAUAUUGCAUUUUAGUUAGAAUUAUACAAAAACAAAAAAUAGACUGAGACGUUCGAUCUUUUAAUAUCGAGAGGUUUGACAAUUGACACAUCGAUGUUUAUUUUUGUUUUUAACAUUUCAAGUUAUCAUAGGUUAUGUUUUCUAUCUUGCCAAUGUGCUCCAUGCAUUUAGACUAUGGUUAUUUCUGUGAGCUUUUCUUUAUAAUCUUGUAUAUUGAUUUGCCUAAUAUAAUUUGUAAUUGAAUUAAUAAUUUCUUGAUUUAUUGUUAUAAACAUUACUGUUUAUAGUAUGACUAAGAAAAAACAAUCAAAUAUAAUAAAAAAUGUGCUUGCUGAUCCUUACGACAAUUUUUGGCCUUGUGCUGAAGGAAAGGACGAGGAAGCUCUUCGAAAUUGUAUAGAAAGGUUUCUACCGAAGGCUAAAUUACACCGGGGAUUUAUCUCACAUAAAAAUUUGAGAGUUAUACACAGAGAGAAGUCUAAGGAACGUAGAAAAGAACUUUGGAAAUCAAUGACAGCUGUUCCUCCAGGUGUUUCAAAGGAUGAAAUUGCUAAGAAUAAAGAAAACAGGAAUGCACUAGUGCUGGGAGUGAAUAGUGUGAGCAGAGGCAUUGAGCAUUCGCGAGUAGCCUGCUGUGUGGUUUGCGGGGAGGCCAGUGGACGGCCGCUUGUUCAGCACAUUGUCCUAUCAGCUGCUCGCCACGGGCUGCCAGUUAUAGUGCUCAAUAAUCUGCGGCAAACAACUAACCAAUGCCUCGGACAUUCCUCGGCAGUGUUUGCUCUCAAGAAGGAAGUAUCUGAAAACAAUGCGCAUGUGUUCUAUCCGUUAUAUGAAGCAAUCAGAAGCUCAGCUCAGAAGUUUCCUAUCCCAGAACAUGUAAUGGGAUCUUCAAGUGACGAUGAUAGUGAUAACGGGACAAUAAAAGAAAAAGAACUGAGAAAGGGUGAAGUUAUCAAGAUGCAACCGGUUCGUAAGUUUCAGUACCUCACUCGCCAUAUUGACAGUAAAUCUCGUGUAUUUGUUCCCAAGACAAUUGUUCAAAAACGACCCGCACUAGAUUUUGGAGACUAUAUCGCUUUGCCAUCGGACCUUGAUAGAUUAGUCUCGGAAAAUAUAAAAAUGGAAUACUCAGAUGAUAGUACUAUUGAUGAGUCGAACAAUGAUGAAAUUAGUGUCAAUAAAAUUGUUCAUCAUAAGCAAUUACCUAAAGGGAAGGAUCUAUUUUUUAUUGAUAAAGCUUCCAGACCACAAAUAGCCUCUCGAAAACGGAAAAUGAAAGAUCCCGCUAAGCUCAAACCUCUUGCUGUGAAACGAAUGAAAGGGAAUCCAAAGAAAAUCAAGAAAAAUAAAAAUAAAAAAGGUGUUUGAUACUCAUAAAAAAGCUGUUAUGUCUCAUUAUUAAUAUAUUUUCAAACAAAU